UUCCGAAUAAAACAGAGACAGAACACUCAAACACACAUUAAAGAAUCUAUCUAUCAUUCUCUUCCUCUCAUUUUUCCCACCUCAUCAUCUCUCAACUGCUUCUUCUUCUUCACAUUACACAACACAACUACUCUGAUUUCGGUUUUGAUAUCAUCAAUACCAAAAUGACGGUGAUCACUUACUGGUUAACGGAGCAUCCUUCGAUCGUUAACUUCCGUUGGAGUCCAACCCAAUCAUACGCCGCCACGUGGUCUUUUCUUUUCACGGCCGUCUCGUUUUACGUCAUGUCCGCCGUCACUCUCCACCUCCUCCUCCUCCUCGUAAUCCUCCCACUCUGUCACCGCCGCCGCGGAUUCUCCCUCGGUUUCAUCCCGGCCCUUCACAGCUUGACCGUUUCAAUAAUCUCCGCCGUCAUCUUCGUCGGUAUCCUCCUCUCCGCCGCGGCAGAGAUCCGAGACACGCGCUGGCUAUGGCGGCGCACUCGCACCACGACUCUCCAGUGGUUCCUCUGUUUUCCUGUGGGAACACGCGCUUCGGGGCGCGUGUUUUUCUGGUCUUACCUGUUCUACCUCUCUCGUUACCUUCACUUGUUCCGCACCUUCUUCUCCGUGAUACGACGUCGUAAGCUCAGCUUCUUCCAGCUUAUCAACCAGUCUUCUCUUCUCUGUAUCUCCUUCCUCUGGCUCGAAUAUUCCCAAUCGUUCCAGGUUGCAGCGAUACUAUUGACGACCGUAUCGUACGCGGUCGUGUACGGUUACAGAUUCUGGACGGAGAUCGGGUUACGCGGCGCGUGUUUUCCAUUCGUCGUUAACUGUCAAGCCAUUCUGUUAGGGUGUAUGGCGGUUUGCCACGUGGGGGUUUUAUGUAUUCACCUGGUCAAACGCGGCGGUUGUAACGGUAUCGGUGCUUGGCUGUUUAACUCCGUUCUCAACGCCGUUAUAUCGUUGCUCUACUUGAAGUUUUAUUGCAAGACGCGUUCUAUGAGGACGACCAAGGCUAAGCACACCACCACGUAAAAAUAUGUAUAUAUAAAACAAACCAAUCAUUUUUGUAUUAUUGAAAACGUUAUACUAUUAUCGAACAUCCGGGGGAAAAAAAAAACAAUCUGCUUCAGCCAAAAAGUAAAAAAGCCGGAGCUCAAUUUUUGUUUUUUUUAAUUCAUGUUGUUGUUGUAUGAUAAUUAGUGUUGUUACAUAUGAUGAUUCUGAUAACUAGGGGAUAGGAUUAGGAUUUAUUCUUGUGUUGCUUUGACACUUGGAUCUAUCAACGAAAGAAAUAUAAAUAUUUUUGGAUUAUACUAAGAUUAGCUUUUUUUGAUCUUU